UACAACAAAAUACUUUAUUCAUUGUAAAUCUGAAACUGUCCGUACAAUGGACAUAAACAAGAAAGAACUGGUGGAAACCCUGACCAGAGGAAGAAAUUCUGCAAAGAAACUGCAGAAUUUACUUAUCCAGAAAGAUAAUGUUGACAACUUGGUUUGUGUUGAUGAUCUUGUGGCUGAAAUAUCACAAUCUUUCUAUGGUGGCCUUUUGGUGUUGAAUGCUUGCAAUUCCGGUGACCAGAUGACAGAAGUUCACACCGGGAAGACACCCGAACCACCGGCUUCGAAGGGACGGAGAGGCUGUUACAAGAGAAGAAAGACGGUAGAUUCGAGAAUGGUGGUUAGUGAGACCAUUGAAGAUGGUUAUGCAUGGAGGAAAUAUGGACAGAAGGAGAUUCUCAAUUCUAACUUCCCAAGAUGUUAUUUUAGAUGCACACACAAGCAAGUUCAUGGGUGCAAAGCCUUAAAACAGGUUCAAAAGUUGGAAGAUGGAUCAAACAUGUUCCAUAUCAUUUAUUUUGGCCAUCACACUUGCCCACCUCCAAAUAAUACUUCCUCUCAACUUGCUUGUACAAACUCCAAGAGCAACCACAAUUUUCCAAACAGCCCCUCAACUAUUACAAAAAGCCACAUUGACCCCUCUGUAAAACAAGAUGAUCUAACUAACAAGGUUUCAUCAGCCAGUUGUGCACAAUCAUCACCUGCUUUGGUUUGGAAUGAGAUAUUGCUAGAUGAAUUUCAAUGCUUCAAGAAUGAUGGAAGUUUAAGUGACAUAGCCUUUGAUGAUAUUAUUUUUUCUUAGUUUGGUUUGGUGGGUGGUAUGACUUGUUUCUAGUAAAUUUUUAUGACUUGUUUCUAGUAAAUUUUUGAGGUUAAAAUAGCCUAUUCAAAUAAUGUAAAAUCUAAGUUUUAUUGUAUAAACAGCAUUUUUAUUA